CAGAAGAGCCCGAGCGACACAGUUCAACGCAGUAUUUCAGCAGAUCCCGCCACACACCGUUCAUAAUCCGUUCAUAAUAUACUACCGCAAUGAACGGUAACUAUGCUCGUAUGACGGCUGAAUAUAAAUCAGCGCAUAUCCGGAUUAUUAUAGCCUAACGCAAAGAAAAGAAAAGAAAGAAAGUAGCAAACGUCACCAUAAGGGUGUGCUGAUUUGUCUUUUGGAGGGGCAGCACAAGGCUCCAUAAAAUGACCCAGUCUGUGCAUAUUACCUCCAAACUGCCAAAUCUGAGUGCCCCUUUUCAUGGCUCUACUGAGGAAGAAACAGAUCAAGGUGGCUCCUAUUCAGUACAGACACCCUACGGAUUCCAGCUGGACCUUGAUUUUCUCAAGUAUGUUGAGGAAAUAGAGAGUGGACACAACAUUCGGAGGGCUAAUGUGAACCCUCGGAGGGGAUCCCGGGGUGACCGUGGGUAUCAGAGGAAUUUAAAUGUUGGGGGUCGAACCAGUGGCUGGACCUCCACUGAGUCCCUUUCCUCAACAACCAGUGAGAAUGGCCAAACUAACCCACCUUUUCUCCAGAGCCCCAUCACAUCACCUAGUAAACCACUUUCCCCAUUACCAGUCAUCAGUCCCAGUCUGCCUACUUGCUCCAAAGUGCCACCACCACCUCCACCACGUAACCCUAGGGUUGAGAGAACGCUCCUUGAAACUAGCCUUCGACUGCAACAGGAGCAAAAACAGUUUUCCAACGGGUUAGGUUCUAAUUUGUUGAGUUCCAAAGCCAGUGGAUCUAAUAGGGACUUCUCUCUAGCUUCUUCCCAGCUUGCUUCAGAUGCCCACUUGCUACAGAUAUCACCUGUUGUUCAGAACCCCCUUUCUGGGGUCUGGACCAAAGCAAGUCCUCAAACGUCUGGAAGGAGCACUCCAGCCUCCAACUCAGGAACACUGCCUCCUGGGCACCUUCAGACAGUGCGAGAACAGAUGGCCAAUGCCCUUAGGCAGCUAAGGGAGAUGGAAGAGAGAGUGAAAGGACUACCAACUCUAGAAAGAGAAAUUACCAUACUCCGUGCUGAAAAAGAAAGAUUGGCUCAUGAGCUUCAAAAGAAAACAGUAGAACUUGAUGCAACGCUCAAACGGCAAGUCUCCACUGAGGCAGUAGUAGGAGCCUCCCAACCUGGAUCCCUACCAUUGCCGUCACUUUGGAAUAAAAAGCCAGAAUGCAAAUGUGAUGAACAAGACAAAAAGGAAAUAAAGAAACUAGACACUGCUCCUAUAGAAAAAAGAUCCAUAGCAGUAGGUGGUGACAGUCCCCUUGAGACUGUGGUCGUCUUCAAUCGCCAAGCGGUCAAGGAUGCUGCUGUCGAAGCUACUAUUGAUGUUUGUCACGCAGCUAUUGAGACUGAGACUAGUGUCAUGCAUGAUGAGGCAAUUCAGACUGGAGUGGCUACAGAGGAUGUGGCAGUCUGGGUAACAGAAUCAUUUCUAGGGCUUCAAAGUGAGACAGAACGAGAAAUUGAAAACUUGCAACACACUAUCAAAUUUCAACAGGAGUCAAUCCAGGUUCUUGAGACACGAUUAACUCAAGUCAACCAAGAUCUCGAAGCUUUAAGGGCUCAAGAAAUUGAGAGGGCAUCCAAGAUUAUGCUGGACAAAGAGACAAUAGCAAAACCAGAGACAGCCAAUGCCCAAAUGGAAACAUGUCCUGAAGUUUGUUCAGUUGGAGUGCUGUUUCCAGAUGUGACUGAUCCGGAGUACGUUUCAAAAAAUGAUCAAAGCAUUCAAACAGAUCCUGUGGAAACUUCAAAGGAAAAAACGGUGGAGCUAGUAAGCAUUGGUAUCCAGUGGGAAUGUCUAAUUGAUACACAAGACACUGAAGAACAGACAACUUCUGCAGAGGCUGCAGGCCCUCUGAAAUCUAUCAUGAAGAGGAAGGAUGGGGGUGGUGCUGGCGCAGCUUACAUCGGUGGCAAAAAGAGCCUGAAGUUUGUUGGAAUUCUAAACGGAGGUUAUGAGUCGACCUCUAGUGAAGAGGAAGAGGAUGAAGAGAGUUCCUCUGAUGGAAGUGAGGCUGGUGCGUGUUCAGACAGCAGUGUGGAAGAAGGGGCAGCUCUAGAGGACACAUCUGAUGAAGAGAUGAAUAUAAAUGUGGAUGAAACCGACAGUGAUGAAAACAUGCCAGCUGGGUCAGAAGAUUUAAAGGACCAGGAAGAGGAAGUGAAGGAAAAGUUUGAACUAAGUGCCAAAAUGCGUGAGGCUUGUCUAAUUUUGAAGAACCACCUUAAUGACGGAGCCAAAUCAGUGAAGAGUAAAGAAGUGUUGUCCAGCACUCAUAGCGUUCAGAUGGAGUGGUUCAGAGUAUCCAGUGCAAAGAUGGCCCAGCCGCCGCGUGUGUCAAAUUACCUGAUGGCUUUCUCAGAGGUCUCCCCCGUCCUGCUGGAGCACAUAGUCAACAUGACCGAUGGCAACGGCAACACUGCCUUACACUACAGCGUCUCCCAUUCCAACUUCACCGUGGUGGACCUACUGCUUGACACAGGCAUGUGCAAUGUUGAUCAGCAGAAUAAAGCGGGAUAUACAGCUGUGAUGCUGGCAGCGCUCUCAGCAGUGAAGGAGGAGGACAACAUGGCAGUGGUCCAGAAACUCUUCCGUCUGGGCAACGUCAAUGCCAAGGCCAGCCAAGCGGGACAGACGGCUUUGAUGCUGGCCGUGAGUCACGGGAGGCAGGAGAUGGUGCGAGCGCUGCUCGACUGCGCUGCUGAUGUGAACAUACAGGAUGACGAGGGCUCCACUGCUCUGAUGUGUGCGAGUGAACACGGUCGGCCUGAGAUUGUGUCCUUACUGCUGGAGCAGCCGGGGUGUGACAUUUCAGUCGUGGACAAUGAUGGCAGUAAUGCUCUCUCCAUUGCUCUGGAGGCGUCCCACAAUGAUAUUGCUGUUUUACUGUACGCUCACAUGAACUACUCGAAAACGCAGGCGGAUGUAGCAUCCAAAGCAAUCUCCCGAAGUCCGUCCAGUCCUAGAAAAACAUGGCCCUCAGAGUGACACAUUAAGAACAACAUUGAUAUAAAAACAAGACUAACUAACUUUACUGGACGAUUAACAAUGUCUUUGUUACAAGUUUAUAUAUAUAUAUAUAUUUAUAUUGUAUUCACUGAUUAUUCAUUUUUAUGCACAUAUUUAAUGCACACUACUGCAAAAGAACUAUGUAAACAUAUUAAUCUAGGUAAGACCAAUGCUUUUAUGUACUUUUCCUCUUAUACCGGUGUAUCUACUAUAGUACAUUUCUUGUACUACCAUGAUGUCAGAGUUUAAAAUAAGGAAAUAAGGUAUCUGGGAUAACGGCAGCUUAGCUGUAAUGUUAUUGUGAUCACAUGGUUCACAAGCUGAACAUGUGUUUUGGUUAGUGGUCAGAAUGAGAAUGAAAUAUUGCAGCAGAUUAGAGUGAACAAGUCACAUUCGCUUGAGAAGCUCAACCCCUCAAUAAUUAUUAAACACACACAUUGAGGCUUUAUAACACAGGCAACCUGUGACGGCCAUAAUUAUGUGCUGUUUGAAAAAGGGCAGCAACAAACACCUAUGACCAGGGCCGUUUCUAGCCAAUUUGACGCCCUAGGCGAAAUCCCUAUUGCC